AAGGAGGAAGGUGUCAUUGUUGGCCAAAUACGGACUAAACUGGAGGAGGCUGAGGUGGAGAGUCCUUGGUGGGGUGUGUGGUGGGGGAGGGAUCAGGUGGAGGUUGUCAACAGAGACUGGCAACCGUGCCUGGUGGAGGGCCGCUGACGCAGGAGGACGCGAGUGCUGCCUUCCCCUCCCUGAUGGGCAUCAACAAGUUCGAUGUGGUGCUAGAGCCUGGGCAGCGAGCCUACGUCAGCGGGCAGGAUGUGGUGGGCCGUGUGGUGGUCUGGGCAGACAGUGUCACGUCUUGUAGAGCAAUCUUGGUGAAGUCAAAAGGGUAUGCAAAGGUGGAAUGGGGUGAAGAAAGUCCUCAGAACAGUGAAGAGGUUUACUUUGAGAAUAUUGUGACUAUUUGGUCUGGCACCAGUCAUGGAGACAAUCUCCCAGCAGGAGAGUAUGGCUUUCCAUUCCAGUUCAAGUUGCCUCCAAAAAUUCCCAGAAGUUUUGAAGGAACAUACGGUCACAUUCGUUAUGUAAUUGAAGCAAAGGCAGAAAUUCCAUGGGGAACAGAUCAAUUAUCCAGUGUGUUUUUCAACGUUGAAUGCAAAUACGAUCUGAGCGAACAUAGAACAUCUUCUGACUCAUUGAUGUUUCACAAGGAGCAGAGUGUGUGUUGUUGUUGCUGUGAACAAGGGCCAGUCAUUAUAUCGUUGUGUGCUGAAAAGACCGACUAUAUACCUGGAGAAUACGUGCUGCUGACGGGAGAAGUCACUAACCGUGCAGGGUGGCACAUAGAGUCGGCUGAGAUUACCUUACAUGAAACAAUCACGUACAAGAUAAAUGAGGCGACCAAAAUAAAGAGGGAAAUAUUGCAGCGAGUCCGGCGUCCGGGAAUCCUUACUGGUGAGACGGAUAUUUGGCUCUCAGUCCCCAUCCACAUUCCUGACAGUGCUGUGUGCCUACAGUAUUGCAGUAUAAUGACUGCUCUAUAUGCUGUAAAGAUAACAUUUUCAAUGGGUUUCUGUUCCACGGCCAGUGUCAAACAGAACAUCACAAUAGGUACAGUUCCAGUUGGAAAGGUGUCUAUGACUGUAGAAGGUGCACCGGCAAGUCCCACUGUGCCCAUACCAUCCGCACCGCCACUCUACAGCACCUUGGACACGCCCAGCCACGAGAUGCAACCCAUUCUGCACCAGCCAACGAGCUCACCAGACCUAAGUAAAGCAGAAGAAAAUUAAGGUCACAAAGUGGGCAAUUAUUGAUAAUGCUCAGAAGUCUUUGCUCUUUCUAAGGAAAGGCUUUCGUAACGGUAAUCUCUUAUAAAACCAAAACACUAUUGAUGUGUACAAUAAAUAUCAAUUUUCCCUUUAAUUGUAUAGCUUUAGAAUUUAUAUUUUUGUUAAGUCUUUCUAGAAAAUUAUACUUAUCCAAAUAAUUAUAAUGAAUCAUUUAUCAGUAAACAGUAUAGAGAUUCACACUGUUUUAUGAAGCACAGUACAGUACUGUAUAUUUUAUAUUGAUAGGUGAAAAACACAAGUGUAAAUAAUGUAGUUGAAGUAUGCUCUUUCAUGAUUAUUGCAUCUAGAGUCCUAUUGAAGCUCAGAAUACAUCCCAGAAUUUUCCCAGACAUCUUGAUAUGAUUUUCAUAGCUAUUUACUACACUGUUGUAUACAGUCUUUUUAGGUGCACUUUUAUAUAUAUAUAUAUAUAGUAUGUCCACACAACCACACGCAUUUUAUACCUAAAUUGGCUGAAAGACCUAUUGUGUUUGAAAAAUAGUUUGGCAAUCGACCAAAAUCAAUAAAAACAUAUUUUGGGCAAUAAUAACAAGAUAUCUUUCAUAAUUUUUGGACUUGGAUUUUUGGACUAAAUUUUUUGGACUAAUUUUUGGACUAAAUUGAUAUUUAAGUGACAAUGCAUCGUUGCAAAACUCCUCAUAUCAUCAUUGCAGUUUUUAUUCACACCACUCCAAAAAUGUAACGUGCGCGUGUGUGUGUGUGUGUGUGUGUGUGUGUGUACUCACCUAAUUGUACUCACCUAAUUGUGCUUGCGGGGGUUGAGCUUUGGCUCUUUGGUCCCGCCUCUCAACUGUCAAUCAACUGGUGUACAG